UUUUCUCUUCGGCCGUCGCGUGGUUCGCUCCCUCACUCGGUUCUUCUGCCGGCGGCUGCGGCGACGUCGGCGGCCGGGGCUGCUCCGCCUCGCCUGGUUCAUGAUUUUUUCCCGUUCCUGGAUAAAGAUGGCAGCCAAUAAAGCAAUUCUGAAUAGACUGGAACAAAAGGGCGCGGAGGCUGAUCAAGUUAUUGAAUAUCUUAAGCAGCAAGUUGCUCUACUAAAGGAGAAAGCAAUUUUGCAGGCAACUCUCAGAGAAGAGAAGAAACUUCGUGUUGAAAAUGCUAAACUGAAGAAGGAAAUUGAAGGACUUAAGCAGGAGCUCAUCCAGGCAGAAAUUCGCAAUGGAGUGAAACAAAUACCAAUUUCAUCUGGUCCAUCAGUUCAAGCUAAUUCUACAUCCAUAGCUUCUGAAAAUUUAAUACAGUCAGUAUCUGCUCCAGUCUUGUCUUCUGGUACCAAAGGGGAAGAAGAAGAAGAAGAAAAGAGAAAGAAAGAAAAUUCAGAAAAAAAAGGAGAGAAGAAGGAAAAGAAGCAAAAGCAGCCAGCAACCCCUGACUCCAAACCAAUAGACGUCUCUCUCCUGGAUCUUCGCAUUGGUUGUAUCAUCGCUGCCAAAAAGCAUCCCGAUGCAGAUUCUUUGUAUGUUGAAGAGGUGGAUGUUGGAGAAAAAGUACCAAGAACAGUGGUCAGUGGCUUGGUGAAGUAUAUCCCCCUUGACCAGAUACAGAAUCGGAUGGUGAUUUUGCUUUGUAAUCUGAAGCCUGCAAAGAUGAGGGGAGUGGUAUCUCAGGCUAUGUUGAUGUGUGCCAGUUCACCAGAGAAGGUGGAAAUCUUGGAUCCUCCCAGUGGAUCUGUUCCUGGAGACAGAAUUACUUUCGAGGGAUUCUCUGGAGAGCCUGAGAAGGAACUGAAUCCUAAGAAGAAGAUUUGGGAGCAGAUCCAGCCUGACCUUCUCACUAACGACCAGUGUGUUGCAACAUAUAAAGGAGUCCCCUUUGAGGUGAAAGGGAAGGGGGUCUGUAAGGCUCAGACCAUGUCCAAUAGUGGAAUUAAAUAAAAAAAAAAUCUUUGGCAAUUGAGAUACUUUAAAGAAAUUUUGAUGGAAAGUAUUGUAAGCACAAUAAAAAAAUAUAUAUUUCUUCCAUAA